CGCCCCCCCACCUCAGUGUGCCUGUGACCGCGGCCUGGGUUGGACGUAUAUUGUCUCACUCCCUGCCAGACCAGACCUCAUCCCACCUCCCUACCUGAGUCUCUGGUUAGUCUGGUCUUGGCUCUCUCACGGAGAAGUAACUCUGGGAGACGCGUGCAAGAAGAUUGUUGCUGGAGUUCUUUACAGGAUGAAAUCUAAACCAAUUAUGUUAAACUACAAGUGUAAUUAAGAGGCCUGUGCACUUAAUGAUGAGAAAGAGCCAAACUAAUAUCUUGUUUGUGGUUGAGUGUGAGCGAGGAAUUGGCAGUGUGUAGGUGGGGGGUUUUCAGCGGGUGAAGCGCCUACAAGCUAGGCCUACUGCACCGCCUCACCUGCAAAUUUGAGUCAAGGUGUGCAGGUGGAGGGCCCAGAGGCACCUGUAAAACCUCUGCAGUGACAUGUGUGCUGGGCAUCUGUGUGUGUCACUUACAUUUGUCACCAUCAUCUCGGAGAUUCCUCGUCUUCAUUGUUCAAGCUAAGAUGAAGACCGAGGAACACAGUUGCCGUCAGCGCGGCUGCUGGCACUGGUGGACAGCGGGAACCUGGCUGCUGCUCCUGGCGGUGGUCACUGCCGAGGCUGAGCAGAAAUUUGCCAACCAGCCGUCACCGCAGACGGCGGUGAUCGGGUCGACGGUGGUGCUGCCGUGUCGCAUCAUCAAUAAGGUCGGAGUGCUGCAGUGGACCAGGGACGACUUCGGUCUGGGUAACGAGAGGGAGUUGUACGCCUUCAAGCGGUACACCAUGAUUGGUUCUGACGAGGAAGGAGACUUCAGUCUCCGCAUAAGCCCCGUCACCCUCGAGGACGACUCGUACUUCCAGUGCCAGGUGACGGGAUGGAAGGACAUACCCGGCGUGAGGUCCCAGACGGCCAAACUGACAGUAUACGCCCCGGAACCCCCGGAGAUCCUCCAAGGGCCCGUCGUCACUACUACUGCCGGGGCAGGAGUGCAGCUCACCUGUGUCUCCAGAGGGGGAAAACCUGCAGCAGAGAUCCAGUGGCUGGACGGAUCUGGACGCGUGGUGACGGAGGGAGUGGAGUACUCCACUGAGGUGAUGGAGGAUGGUCAUCGUAGGAACGCGCGCUCCACCCUGAGCUUCCUGGCGGCCAGGGAGCACCACAACGCUGUCUUCACCUGCACCGCCUCCAACCCAGCCUUACAUCAGCCUCACAGAACCCAGGUGACCCUGGAGGUGAGCUACCCUCCUGAAGUGACGAUACGACAUGACCAGGAUGGCUACAGGGAAGGACAGACUGCCACCCUCACCUGCUCUGCUUCAGGCAACCCUUCCCUUCUCUCCUACAGAUGGUACCGCCACGGGCAGCUGGUUCAAGAGAACAACUCGACUCGGCUGGUGGUGGGAGAGGUGACCAGAGACAGCAACUUAGAGGACAUCGUCUGUGAGGUCUCCAACGAGACUGGGAGUGGGCAAUGAGUUUCUCGUUUAAGCGUACAGUACGGGCCAUCGUUCCGCGUUCCUCCGAGCGACCAGUACGCUGAAGUGGGCGACAACGUGACCCUCAAGUGCCAGGUGGACUCCAUGCCAGAUCCAACCAUCGUCUGGAUCAACCAGCAGUCGCAGACGGUGGUGGGCAAAGGCUCUGAGCUCCACAUCAAGGUCACUAAGGCCAACGUCGGAGCUUACCUCUGCAUCGCCAAGGUGGAGGGCUUCCCAGAAAUCUCCGGCACCGUCGGGGUCUUUCUCAAGGGUCCUCCCCAAGUGAAGUCUGAGAGGAUCCAGUGGGGCAAGCAGGGUGACACAGUCAUGGUCGAGUGCCUGGUCACUGCUGCCUCCCCUCGCUCCGUCACUGUCACUUGGAGUCACAAUGGCGUCGAGGUCGAUCUUGAAGAGGGACGUUACGAGGUGAGUGAGGACGUCACAAGCCAGGGCCUCCGUCACUCCCUCGUCAUCCGUAAUGCCCAGCUCAAGGACUUUGGUGCCUAUAACUGCUCAGUUAGCAACACAUUUGGUUCUGACGUCUUCGAAAUCAUUCUUAACAAGAAAAAGACACUACCGCUGCUGCUGAUCUUAUGUGGUGUGACGGGAGGCAUCGUCUUCGUCCUGGUGGUAGUACUCGCAGUUAUCAUGUGUGCCAGGAGGGCAGCUGCAAAACACAAAGACGUCAAGACUGGAGGACUACCAGAAAAGACCGUGACACUACAGAUGAAUGACCAGAACUCGACCGCCAACGAGUCUGACUUGAAGGUUGAGUUGGACCAGCGGACAGGAUCCUCAAUGAGCAACAAGGAGGGAGAUCUAGAGGGAUGGGGGGAGAAAGAAGGUGAAAACCCAGCUACUCCCACCUAUCUCGCCUCCACUAACUCCUAUCUCUACCCGGAAACCUUCACUGGAAUCCCUCUGAAAAUUAAUGGUCACCUUGCCAGCAAUGGAGGUGGAUUAUCCUACAGCAACUACGCUGACCACUCGACGGUCUCUCCAGGACAACAGCAACAGCAGCAGCAGCAGCAACAACAACAGACGCAACAACAACCACAAUCGUCAUCUCCCUCAGGAGGAUACGUCAUGGGUGGGAAUGUUGUGAGCAGCGCUGGGGGUGUGGGCAGCUACACUCACACACCACCAGGCAUUGUUACUUCCAGCCAACACUCCCUCUACAAAGGCUACAGUGAUUAUGAUGGGAGCCAUGAUGCUACUGAUGGCAUCCAUGGCUUCUCCCCUGGCUAUAACAAUGGCUUUGCCAACCACAAUUUCAAGACCUCCUCGGGGUCACUGCCGCUCUCACUACAUGUCAACUCCAGGGGAAACGGGUCUGUAGCGGGAAAUGCCACCUCCACAAUACCAAGACUAGGAAUACCUGUAGACCCCAGCCAGUAUAUUGUGCCGCCCAGAACCCAGGUCAUGCAAGGUGCUUUGGCCACUCAUGUCUGAUCUGCGGUAACCCAGCCCCACCCGCCGUAUUGUUAUAACUACUGAUAGCGUAAACCUCUGAUGGAGAGAAUCUUGGAAAAGACAUGCAGUGUGGAAGCUUACACCAGAGCCAAUGCGUUGAUAUCGUCCUUGUGUUGUAUAUUUGAGGGUCAACAGAAAAUGGAUCGUAUUUUGAAGAUGUGUGAAGUGUUUAUGUAUAUGUCGAGUGCGAAACUGCAUUUAUAGGCACCGUUAUCACAGUUGGGUGAUGGAUAACUAGUGCAGUGGUCAGCGACACUUUUGCUGUCAUUCCACUGCAAGAUCACCAUCAGAGGCGUGUUCCUACCGUGGUGCAAUAGUCGUAAGAUUAAGUUGAUGUGACAAAAUGUAAAGUGUUUUCUAGAGUUUAUGAAAACUACUGUUCUUUUUUUUCUCCAAAAACUUUAUACAUUCGUUAAACUUGACCAGAAACUCGUCAGAUCCUCAAGUGAUAUUUUUCAUGUAUAAAAAAAUGAACUGUGGCCCAAAAAAUCUACUCUUAUUAUAAUAUUGCUGAAAAUUAUAUUUUAAAUUCAGGUAAUCCUCCCCUCUCGUGCAGCUGUUAUAUAGCUCUAGUGUUUGUGGUGGUUUGUCAUAUAUUCUGCCAAUUAUUCCCCUCUCAAGUGAACCAUUUCCACCUCUCAUGCCAACCAUUACCCCCCCCCACCUUCUCCUCAUACCAACCAUUUCUCCUUUCAUUCCCAGUAUUAUUGGACUUUCGAGUCUCUUGCUUGAGUGCGAGCUGGACAAAUGACAGUAAAAAUACAGAAAGUUAAACUGUUUAGGAAGAAGAAUCUCGAAGGAGUUCACUGUCCUUAGAAUCUAUAUGGGAGGAAGAAACAAAAAAUGAGCAGCAGUAUAAUAUAAAAAUGGUCCUUGUGUGUAAUGAAAAUAAGGAUGGUACUUGGAAGACCAAUAUAUUUUUUUGUAUGCGGUCUUAUUUGAGGCCAAAGUCCGGUAGGAGCGUCAGUACUUUGACCAUUCGAGUGAAGGAUGGUUGAUGGUGCUGUUCUAGUAGGGAGCACUCUUGUUCCUGAGCGUAGUGUUGUUGCUGCCAUUUGUGGCACUGCUGCUGGCGAUGGUGGCACUGUUGCUCUCAUGGGUAGCACCUCAACUCCUGAGGGUGGUGACGUUGGUCCCAUAGGCAUCACUGUGUUAGUAAUAAAAUCCAGUUGUCUGUGGCCUGGCAGUGUCUGCUCAUUUUUUAAAAUCAUUUUAGCAUGUUGUCUAAGGCUCAGGGAUGUGAAAGUGAAAUUGUACUUGUCAUAUUUCAUAUCGGCGAAAAUUUGGCCAAUUUACUUUUUUUCCAUUGGAAAAAUGUAAAGCCAUUUUAUAAUGGUAAGCCAUUAUUUAUGCUAACAAAAGUGCUUACUCUCCUGUGGGAUGUGUAAAGUGAUUGCAUAUGAACACUCGCUUCCCUGUUAGACCUGGAAAGACUUUGUGUAUGAGAGAGAGACUAGUUUUUGCUUCCCUUAUGCUCUACCCGAAUCCUCCAUGGUGUUGUUGUUGUUGCCAUUUUUUGUAAAGUUCCUUGGUCUGAGGAACAACGAGUAAACUUCUAUAGCCUGUAUGAAAAAAAAAUAUAUGUACUGUUCUAAUGUCUUACAGCUCAGUGUGAUGCAGGUUAGAUAGGAAGCCUGUCAUUCAUGAUGCCACACAAGGUUAGUAGCAAGCCUAUGGUUCAUUCACUUUGCAGUUUAUGUGCAUCUUUAAAACCUAGCACUCGCCAUCCCUGACAUGUUUCGGCAUUGUAUUUCGAUAAACUUGGUGUAUGAUUUCACAUGUAUGCAUUUAAACACUGGCAUAUUUGUGUGAAGAUUGAUGCAGAGUCAAGACAUCAGAUACUGACAGCCAUCUCAAGAAAAGACAGAUUUAAGAAAUCAAGUGAAGUACCCAAGUUUCAAAGAAUUAAUGUAUUUGUGAUUUAAAGUUUGUCAUACAAAGGUAAAUGAAGAACCUAGGAGUACUCGAGUCCUUUCAUAUAAUUAUUCCCAUAUCAGAAGCAACUCGUGCAGUUGGUUAUUUCUCUGUUGUAUGUCAUUUCCCUGAGAGUACUACACACCUAUAUAGAGGAGAGAGAAAAAAGCCCACGUGUAUUAAAAAAAAAAAAAGGGAAGAAUAGUAUAUUUCUAC